AAACAGAGCAAAGGUUGGUUUCUGAUCAAAUUUCAGGACAAACUGUAGACUUUCUAUAACUCAGUCCAGCUUUGGGGAAAAAGACCGCAGCUGCCUGGACAGGACCUAAAUUCAUCUAUUGGCUCGACUUGAAAAGGAAUCAUGCAAAGGAACAUCAUAUUCUUGUGGAUUUGUGCUUUUGCAGUGGUUCUUGGAAAUCAAGAGACUUUACCACAACCUUCCAUCAGCGAUAAACUCCCGUCAUUGAUAAAGAUGAACAACGAUUUUGCUUUUCACCUGUACAAGAGGCUUGUAGAAAUGCCCGACUAUCAGUCCAAGAAUAUCUUCUUCUCUCCCCUCAGUGUGUCCAUGGCCCUUUCUGCGCUGUGUUUAGGAGCCGGUGGUGAAACUAAAGAGCAGCUUCUCAGUGGCAUCGGCCAUAACAGCUCUAUCUUCAGCACUGAAGAAAUGCACCAGAUGUUCCACAGUCUCCUAGAAGAAAUCGACAAGAGGACAGGGGUGGACAUUGAUGUCGGUAGUGCUCUAUAUGUAAGUGACAAAUCCAAGCCUCUUCCUAAAUUCCUGGAGAACAUGAAGGAGUUUUACCACUCCGACGGCUUCGCUGUGGAUUUCGGUGUCAAAGAAACAAUGGAGCAAAUUAACACAUAUGUGAAAGAAAAAACUCAUGGGAAAAUAGAUCGAGCUGUUGAUUCUCUAGAUCCUAAUACUGUCAUGUUCCUUCUCACCUACAUAUAUUUUAAAGGACAAUGGGACAUGCCGUUUAACCCAAACAGAACCCAUGAGGGUAGAUUUCAUGUGGACAAUGAGACCACCGUUCCAGUACAAAUGAUGAACCAAAAUGAACGCCUCAAGUUUUAUCAUGACGUUGAACUCUCUACUAAAGUUCUCUGUCUAGACUACAAUGACUCUUUCUCCAUGUAUCUGGCUUUGCCAGAUAAAAACGAAGAUCAGACAAUCCGAGAUCUGGAGAGGGUCGUCUCUGGACAGCACAUUGAAAAAUGGAGGGGGGCUGUCCAGAAAAGAGAACUCGACAUCUAUGUACCCAAGCUGUCUCUGAAAACAGACUAUACCCUUAACGAUAUUUUGAAGGGAAUGGGAAUAAUGGACAUGUUUACACAUAGAGCUGACUUCUCAGGAAUUUCGGAAGACAACUUCUAUGUUUCAAAGGUUUCGCAUAAAGCCACCCUAGAUGUGGAUGAGGAAGGAACUACCGCAGCAGCAGUGACCACGAUUGGAAUCAAACUUGCUAUGUCACCAAGGAUAUUCCGUAUUGACCGUCCAUUCAUGAUCUUCAUCACUGACCAAACAAACGACCACAUCCUCUUCCUUGGAAAAGUGGUCAACCCGGCAGUGAUGUGAUGAUGUGACAUUCAAGAUUUAUCCAGCAGAUGCCAUCAUUUUGACAACGUUUUAGAAUUUUCAUAAGACAGCUGCUGGCGUUACAUACUGUAUGAAGAUGGCAGCUCUUCUUUAAUAGUUAAUGUCAGCUUCUGUUAUGGCUAAACUAAAUGGAAUAGUUGCAAAGAUGUCUUCAAAAGAUUUAAGUAAAAUGAGAAAAAAGCAA